GCUCGCGACUCGGGCUAUUUUUAACCGGUACCUUGCUAUUUCUGUGCAGCGCAUUCAGUGAAAUUCGGACAUUCGACGAAAUUCUUCGAAAAAUUUUCCAACACGCACCACAAAACUUUACACGAAACACCCCAACGAAAAAAAAAAUAAAACGAGUUUUUUUUUUAAUUUUGUGAUUUAUUACUAUUAGAUAUACAUAUCGCGAGAAUUGUAAAUAUUAGUGAAUAACUUUAUUUAGUGUUUUAGUGUUGUUACAUUAAAUAAAUUAAUUUAAUAAAUUUAAUAAUCGUCUUUUAUCGAGUGCCCAGAACAGCAAUGCCGUCGGGAAAAAGUGAGGCGAAUGGGGAGACCGGCUCAACCAAUCCUGUGCGCACAACCUUCAGACCACCAUGGGUGAAAGAGGGACCCAACCCGUUACCGGUGCCCGCUCAACCGUGGGAGUUGAAGAAAACGGGCAGAAGAGACAGCGGGGCAGAUGCUACUGACAACCCAUUGGGAGUGACGCUAAAAAAGGUUCAGAUGCCGAGCAAAGAGUCCACUGAAAAUGGGACCGUAAAGGACGUCACUUUCGAGAAGCCCAAGCUGAAACCGGUACCGCCGAAAGAGAUCAGCAUACCGAAGAAGAACAAAAUUCCUCUGCCGAAACUUAACAGCGUUACGGACGCCACUGAGAACAAUCCCAUACUAGCCGGAGUGCAGCUGAGAAAAACGUCCAUAAAAAAUGCCGAACCACAAGAGAACGGCAACAAAGAGCCAGAGUUUAUGAAACCGAAGCUGAAACCGGUACCAGUCAGAGAAACGACACCUCCGAAAAAAGAACACAAGCUUCAGCUGCCUGAGCUUAAAAGCGUCGCGGACAGAAAGUUAAAGGACCCACCGAGAAAACCAUCUCUUAUCAGGCUUCCAACCAAUGACGAUGACGACUUGGACAAGGAAGUUCCAGCCACGAGGAACGCAGUGAUGCGCGCGGAGAGCAUGAGGAAGAUGUCGAUGACCAACAGCCCGGCGCCACCCCCAAUGCCACCCCCGGCACCCGCCAUGCCUGGGUCGGAGAACAAAAAACCGCUCAACAACGAUCAGAAGAAAAAAUUGGAGCAACUCAGGUCGAGGCCCAAAGCUCGUCCGGACUGGUCAUCGCUGCUAAAGGACCUGGAGGGUACGAAAAAAUUGAAACACGUCCAUUGCAAUGACAGAUCACAACCCCUCCUGCCUGAAGCCAAGGCCACGGAUCAUUUCGUUUUCGAGAGCGAAAAGGACAACUGCCACAACGUACUACUGAAGGAGAUUCAAUUCGGGGUCAAACUAAAAAAAGUCAAGACCAACGACAGGAGCAAGCCGGUUUUGGAGGGACUGCGGAAAUUCAGAAGACAAAUGACGAUCGAGGAGCAAAUACAGAAGUCCAUGUCUAUGGCUAGCAUACCUCCUGAGGAGUUUCCAGUGGAGGAACAAGAUGAAAUGGACGACAUCGACAAGGUCCGCGACGAUCUCCAAAGCACCAAACAGAUGCUGGCGUUGGAGUUGAGGAACAAGGAGGCCCAAAUUAGGGAAAACAAGAUGCUGAUGGCCAAAAUACAAAACCUGGAGGCUGAAUUGGAAAGGGAGAAAAACAAAAAAUCGGAGGGGGGAGGAGGAGGUGGAGGGGGCGGUCAAGCCGACGACAAGAUCAUCAAAUCUUUGAAAACGGAAGCAGAGCAGGCGAAAAAACAUUCUGAGGAGCUGGAAAAAAAAUACAGGGAGUCAGCGGAACAACUGGACGGCACCAAGUCGCAAUUGGAGGAGAUCAGGCGGCAAAACAGGGAGUUGGAGAGAAAAUUGAUGGACGCAGGUUCGGGUAAACGGAUUUCCAUUACGGACCGCAAGGCAAGUAUGGCAAACGGCGGGGAUAAUUCAGAUCUGGACUUCGGAAGCUCGGAAGAAGAAGAAGAAAGUGAUGGCGAAGAAACCGAGGAGAAAAAAGAGAAGAAAGCUCAAAAGGAACUCAAACACCUCAGAAAUAAACUCAGAAAUUUCAAGAACAAAGAAGACAACGCCAAAAAAGAAAGGAUAGCUCUCAGAGAAAUCAUCAAGAGGAAUCAAACCGCCAUAAAAGAAGAAAAGAAGAAAUUCAAGCAACUGCAGAAAGAGGUGGACAAAAUGGCAGCCCUGAUGAAAGACGCAGAAGAAGAAGAAGAAGAGGAUGAAGAAGAAGACAAACCAGAAGAAGAAGAAGAAGAAAGUUCAGAAGAGGAAUCAUCGGAAGAAGAAUCAGAUUCUGAAGAAAGCGACUCAGAAGCCAGCGAAAGUGAAAAUGAAGAAGCCCCAGCAGAAAAACGAAAAUCCAACCUGGAAGGAAGAAAUAACAGGCACGAAAGUAUAUUAAAUGCGCUUAAAAAAGGCAACUUCCUGCUGAAAACAAACGCUGAAAGGCUCCAGGACGAGCUAAACAAGCAAAAAGAUGCCACUGAAAGUCUUAAGCUAGAUCUGGACUCGGUUUUAUCAGAGUUAGGUUAGAAUACAUAGUUAAGAAAAUAAGUAAAUUUGUAAUAAACGAAUUAUUGCAGUCUGUAUAAAGACUGUAUAAAAAUUACGUAGUUAGUGAUUUAAGUUGUUGAAAGCAGCUUAAAACCAAUAUUGUGAUGAAGCUUUUUUAUUGUUGUUGUUUAUAUAUUUGUAUUUAAUAUUAACUUACAAAUUAAAAUUGAAUCAAAAAAUGUUCCAAUUAGAUUAUGUGUGGCCUCA